UUUACGAAUUUGCUUCAUAUCAAAGUGACAUUGAACGAGCAGUUUGCCAUUUUGUACUGUUAUUGAAAGGUUUAGUGUAAAAAGGAGUAUCUAGAUAAAAGUUACUUUCAGUUUGUUUGACUGACCUGAAAAAUCAAUGAAAAAAGCAAGACGAAAGAUUUGCUUAUCACUACUUUAGUGAGAUGUGUGUUGAUUAUUCUCGACUAUCGCUUGUUGCAUCGAAAUGAAGGCUGCAUAAGAUCCUUAGAAAGUGUGUAUGCUAAGAAAAGAGCUUGAAACUGGUUCCAGAGCAAACAAGCAGCUACUAUGUUCCUGUAUCAGCCGCUCGAGCAGCAUGACUCGCCAGAAACCAACCCGAUUCCAACCGGAUCUAAACGGCAGACUAAAUUCAUAACCGAAACGCUACGGAUUCCCUUUCUGUUGAUGCUGGCGAGCACCGUGGCGGUAAUAUUCUUUUUCUGCUCCUACACCGAUUCAUUCCAUCCGAUAGUGGACAGUAUUGUCGGGCAGCUGGGUUACCACGAGAAAACCUACGCCGUGGUGGUGGAUGCCGGUUCAACGGGCAGUCGAGUGCUGGCGUAUGAGUUCCACCACGGUUACCUGGAUGGUCGACUAGUGCUAGACAGCGAAUUGUUUCGGCAUUCGAAACCCGGCUUGUCAGCUUUUGCCGACCGACCCGAGGAAGGUGCGGUUACGAUCGAAAAAUUGCUGCAGGAAGCAAAGGGUGUGAUUCCCGCGGAUCGGUGGAAGGAUACGCCACUUGUGCUGAAGGCAACGGCUGGACUAAGGCUGCUGAAGCCUGAACAAGCGGAGGGAUUACUUCAGGCAUGCAGAGAUUUGUUCAAGAAAUCAGGAUUUCUUGUGAAUGACGCAUCGGUGGAAAUCAUGGACGGCACAGAUGAAGGUAUUUUCUCGUGGUUCACCGUUAACUUCCUGCUGGGAAAAAUAAACGGGCGCAACACUGUUGCGGCAUUGGAUUUGGGUGGCGGCAGCACACAGGUCACAUUUGCACCGAAAGACGUGUCACAAACGCCCUUGUACAAAGAUUUCAUGCACAAAGUUCCUACUUUCGGCUCGCACAUUGAUGUGUUUACUAAUAGCUAUUUGGGAGCGGGUCUGAUGGCCGUUCGACAUGCAGUAUUUACCAAUGGUAUGCCGAGCGAUUUGAGGAAUCUGUCGAGUGAGUGUGUGAAUCCAAUCGUGAAAAAUAAACUGUUUCGGUACGGUACCGAGCAGUUCUUCAUUAGUGGUAAGGAUAAUCCUAGCUCAACAACGGGGGAGCCCCAGGUGGAUUACGAUCUAUGUGCGUCCAUUGUCAGCAGUAAGGUGCUACCCACCUUGAAACCUAAACCUGUAACGUUGAAACAGCAUGAGAUCUCCGCUUUCAGUUACUUCUUCGAUCGCGCUAUCGAAACAGGAUUAGUUGAUCCAAUUAAUGGAGGUGAAACGACGGUGCACGAUUUUAGUAUCCGUUCUCGAGAAGUCUGCCAGGAGGCAAACGUUGAGCAACCAUUCAUGUGUAUCGAUUUGACAUUCAUCUCAAUUCUUCUGGAAGAAGGCUACGGGCUUAAGCCAAAAACCCCACUAAAGCUGUACAAGAAAGUUAAAGGCCACGAGAUAUCAUGGGCACUUGGCUGCGCGUACAAUCUCCUAACCAGCAACCAAAGGUUGCAACCGUAAAUUAUUUGCGAUUACUAACGAAGUUGAACUCAAACAACGACAACUAUACAAUCAGUAAACCAGAAACCACCAACCAGACAAAUUCAGCUACAAAACCGUAUAGGGAAUUCUUUUUCGAUUUGUUUUAUUUUACAAAUAUAACAACAAAAAACACCGAAAAGAGACAAGUCUUGUAAGAUAACAUAGCGAGAUUUUUAAAAGCGAAACUUUUUGAUAGGUAAUAUUUUGUAAGGAUGCUGUUUUAUUCUUCAGACCGAGAAGGGUUUUAUUUUAAUUAGUCCAUAUUAUCGGUUUUUCUAUCAAAGUUUACCAUCAGAGAUAACUACGGAAGAACAAGCAGCAACAGAAGAAGGAUAAACCUCAAUGUGCCUUUAAAGUACACCCUUCACUAGAGAAUGCUAUAUUUUGAUUGCAGGCAAGCUAACAUAGAGAAACCGAAUGUUCAACUAAAUGCAUCGUAUUACCCAAAUGUGGAUAUAUUUAAAAACAAAAGAGCCAUAGUUUAAAGCACACAUUCCCUUGAACCAAUCCAAUAGUCCUUAAAACCUAGUUCCAGUAAGUGUUGUGAAUCAUUUCGAAAUGAUUGGUUUUAAAUUCACAUCGCGCACAUUGACGAAGCGUAGGUAGUAGUUGUAGAAAUGCUAAAAAUGUCACUGUCGUAGAGUUGAAUGUAAAAUGAAGUUUGAGAGAAUGUAGAAUAAACUU